CUUAUUUUGGAGUCACCUGAAAGCUACACCGCAGAAGUCCCACAGGCAACAGACACAGCCGCACGCGUGGCUAACAUAUGGUAAGACUUCAGCAUAUCGCUGGAAUGACAAGGUGGACACAUCGUUUCUAAUUUCGUGAAAUGUUUUUAGUAUAUCUAUUCCUUUUUUUUCUACCUUGCUUGCGCUCCGUGUCCAAGAUACACGUUGUUUUUUAAUCCAACUCUGGGAUGAAAAAGUUGAUCAACUUGUUUUUUUUAUCGAGGUUGACAUUUUAGGAUUGAGGAGUUGCCCAAAGUCUCAGCAGCCAGCCCUUGGCGCUGCUCUUUGAUUGUCCGUGCCAUCGGGUUAUCAGCACUUUGCAUUCCCUGCCGUUUUUCUGGCGGCUUCUCUUCUAAGUGCCUCACGAAUGACCCUAUGGGACAUGAAGACCCGCUCGGACUCAAAGGAUGAAGAACUUUACUCGUUGUCUUUCGAAGCCCAGGAGCUGCGCGAGUACCAGGAUCUUCUCGCCGCUCUCAAACAGAAGGAUGAAGAGCUGGUUUUAGCGGCCGGGUUGGGCAACGCUCUGCUAUCAGAGAACAGCCAGCUGAGGUGCGAGAAGGAGCGGCUGCAGGAGGAACACGCCGAGCGUCUGGAGGAGCUGCAGCAGGAUAAACAUGCUUUGCGAUUUGAGCUGGAGCGCAGACAAGCAGAAUGGGAGAGCCAAGUGUGUGAGCUAGAGAGGGAUGCUGCAGACCUGAAGCAGCAGGUGGAGAGGCUGACGCACAGACUGCAUGAAGCAGAGCGGGACAAAAGGGAGGCAGUGCAAGAAAAGAUGGCGCAAAGCCACAAGUUUCAGGAGCAGAUUUGUGAGGCAAUGCAGAAUGAGAAGAUGCUCAACAACGAGUUACUUGUCCUCAGAGAGCAGUUCAGAGAGAAGGCCUUCGCACUGCAAGAGGAGGAGGGUCUUGUACAUUCACUAAAAAAGGAGGUACUGAUGUUGUCAGAGCAGAAAUGUACCUUGGAACAUCAAAUGAAAAAAGUCUGUGAGGAGAAUUCAUAUCUGCAGGCCAGUUUAAGCUCCUUACACAAGCAGAUUACAGAGCUGGAAGAAGGAAAUCAGGAACACAUGCAGCAGUUACGUGAGUGCCAGAACGCACUGGCAGAAUCCCGGAAUAUAAACCAGGAGCUGCAGGCACAGCUGGAUGAGCUAAGAGAAGAGGCCUCAUUCCAUCUGGUCACCCAGAGUGACACGUCUCUACAGUCCGAGAUCAAGCUGAGUCUGGAGAGUGAAAAUGCAUCCUGGACACAGGAGGUAGAGCAGGUUACAAGACAGAUCGAAACAGUGAACAUGCAGCUCUUACCUCUAGUGGGGGGUGAAGACACGGACAUUUCAGCAGAAUCGGGCACUUCUGACAGCCUCCACUUAGCACUAGAGCAUCUCUAUGAACUUGUGGAAAAACUUGUCAAAGGCCACUCCUUGCAGGAUGAAGCAGAGGUGAAAACUCCAGAAUAUGAAAGACUGCUACAACAGGCCAUCAGAGACCGGGAUGAAGCAAUUACAAAGAAGGUGGCUAUGGAAUCUGAAUUGUUCAGGUGCAAGAACGACAUGAUGCUGCUGAAUAACCAGUUGCUGGAGGCUGUACAACGUAAACUCGAACUGUCCCAGGAACUGGAAGCCUGGCAGGAGGACAUUCAGAUCAUCAUCAACCAGCAGCUAAAGCAGCAACAACAAAAUGACAAAAAAAGACAAAACAAUGGCACAAGCACUAGCUUACUGGGCUUCCUGCAGAAACCUGGCAGCCACUCUACUGAGAAGAAUUUCUUCUCACGUUUUAGGACUUGAGGGGGGCCACAAGAACCCAAGGACUUAAGUGAAAUGGGCCCAAUUUUCAGUAAGGCUUGUUUUGAAGUCAGAGGAUGAGCAUUUCCAGUUUAUGAGGAAGAAGUGUGUCCAAGGCCUGGAAAUGGGAUGAUGAUCACUGUGCAAGAACAACAAGCUAGGUACUUUGGAAGAACUGCAGACCUUCAUGGAGCUAUGGGAUACAACAGAAAGAGACUGAGGUUGGUUAUGGAAGUACCCCGUGUUUAUCAUCACUUGCAAGACUGGAUGAUGGAGCAUUUGAACAAAGUAGAACUUGCAUUAAUUUGAAUGUGACUCAAAAAAAUGGUACCUAUGGUUCAAGAAUAUAUACCAACCAUUAGAAGAUAAAUGUGGAUAUCUUUAAGUGCUGUUAGAUAAAUUGUCCCCAUAAGUCAUGGAUUCAUGGUUAGCACAUGGCAGGGCUUCAGCUGUUUUAUUAGUGCAUACGGGGUUGGACUCCAUGACUUAGCUGGAUGAGAUCUGACAGAUUAAUCCCCAGUCUGCAUAUCUUCUGGUGUGAAUCUGUACAGAUUUAAGAAAGUGCUUGGCAAGGCAGUGGGCGAAGGAUGUGGCAACAGAUCAUCAGGAUGACAUCCACAGAUGAAAAUGUUUAAAGAACUUAUGAAGUGUGACAUGAGGAUGGCUGAUCUGCCACUUCACACUUUAAACACAAAACUGUUAACGGUGUCCAGGCAUCUGUGCUGCACAUGACAGAGGCCUCUCAUGAAGUGCAAGCUGAUGUUUGUGGUUGUUGUAAACUUUUUUUUUUUACUGUGGAAAUCACACUAAAUCUGGAAUUAUAUUUACUUUCCUUAGAACUGUUAUUUAUUUUUUUAUUGUGAGCGGACAGGACAUGUUUGUAAAGGGGAUAAGGAUGGCUUGUUUAUAUACUGUGCUUAGCCUGAUGUUCCCUUUUAUUUAAGAUUUAUUUAUUGUAACAAUGCAUUGCACAUAUUCCUUGAAGGAGUUUAAUUUGAAUUUAAAGUGCCUAUAGUAGGAUACAUUUAUGUAAACUGGGGUAAGUACACAGGAAAAGUGACAAAGGUGGGUAGCAGCGUAUUCUACCACGACUGGAUGUCCUGGCACCACUUUCGACAGGCUGCCCUCGUUCCACGCAACUGAUGUUGUCUGGCAAAUGCCUAUUUAGAUAGAUAGAUAGAUAGACAGAUACUUUAUUAAUCCCAAUGGGACAUUCACAUUCUCCAGCAGCAGCAUACUGAUACAAUAAAUAAUAUUAAAUUAAAGAAUGAUAAUAAUGCAGGUGAAAAACAGACAAUAACUAUGUAUAAUGUUAAAUGUUAACGUUUAACCCCCCCCCGGGUGGAAUUGAAGAGUCGCAUAGUUUGGGGGAGGAACGAUCUCCUCAAUCUGUCAGUGGAAAUUUAGUUUAUUUGUAAGUAUAAUUGUAAGUAUAAUUAUAACAAAACAACAUGUGUUAAGGCUACAGUGUAUUAGUAGGGGAAAUAAGAUUAAAUCUUUAAUAUACUGCAAAA